AUGGCAACUCCAGAAGACAAGGCCCGCGACGCGGGUCCUCCCAAGGUGAUUGCUGUGGGCAUGCUUCGCACCGGUACGACAUCGGUCAGGAGAGCUCUCGAAGAACUGGGCUUCCAGCACGUCUACGAUGGACUGGACUCCCGCACGAAGCCAAGCCACUGGGUCUUCUUUGAGAAAGCGGCGGCCGCGACUUGGCCCGAAAUCAACGCCGUAGGGCAGUCACCUCGACCAAAGCCCUUCACGCGGGAGGAUUGGGACGAGCUGUUUGGAGUAUACGACGCCUUGACAGACUUGGUGUGCUUCUUUGCUCUGGAGCUGGCCGACGCGUAUCCGGAUGCCAAAAUCAUCCUCACAGAGCGCGACUACGACAAAUGGUUCCCCAGCUUCGACAGCCAGGUCAUGCAGGCAGUGUUCGGGCCGGGACGCCUGCUGCUCUUCAAAGCCAUCGCCGUCAUCAUCGGCAACCGAGCCGGGUUCGCCAUGGAGAAGCUCUUCCGGGGUCUCUACGGUGGAGCGUACAGCUUAGAUGAGAUGCAUCGCUUGAGUCCUGAGAUGUAUCGUCGGCAUUCGGAGCGCAUCAAGGCGCACAUCGCACCUGAGAGACUGCUGGUGUAUCGGGUGGGCAGGGACGGAUGGAAACCUCUAUGCGACUUUCUGGGAAAAGAAGUACCCGAAGGCAAAGAGUUCCCGUUCGCGAACGACAGAGAGUCUCAUGAAAAGUCGAACGCUGCGAUUCAGCCGAUCGUAAACACCUGCGAGGUCACCUCUGAACUGCCCACGAUGCAGUCUGGCAUCUCUGCCUCCGAGGAGCUCGUCUCCCAAUUCAACACCCUCCUCUCCACCGACGACCACUUCGGCCUCCUCGUCACAAUCGACUCCGAGACCCUGAAACCCGUCCAGUUCCUCUCCAAGUCCUCCUCCUCCUUCGACGACAACAUCUCCGCCCUCCAGCCUCACCUCAAGCCCAACGAAGCCCUCUACGCCCUCCUCCGCCGCUAUGAUACCGCGCCGCACCUCACCGCCAUCACCUACAUCCCCGACUCCGCAAAGGUCCGCCAGAAGAUGCUCUUCGCCUCCACCCGCCUGACCCUCGUCCGCAAGCUGGGCUCCGAGCACUUCCGCGAGUCCAUCUUCUCCACCACCCCGGAAGAGCUGUCUGCCCAGGGUUUCGCUAAGCAUGACGCCCACACCGAACUCGAGGCUCCCCUGACCGAGGAGGAGCGCAGCCUGGGUGCCGUCAAGCAGGCCGAGGCCGAGGCCAGCACCGGCACGGGAUCGCGGGAGAUUCACCUGAGCAAGACCCUCGCCAUGCCCAUCGCCGAGGACGCACUCGCGGCCAUGAAGGAGCUGAACGAGGGCCGCGUGCUUGUUAUGCUUAAAAUCAACCCCGACAAGGAAUCCGUCGAGCUCGUCCCCUCCUCCGAGUCCCCGUCCUCCAUUUCCGAGCUCACCCAGACCAUCUCCGCCACCGAGCCGCGUUUCACCCUCUACCGCUUCACCCACACCCACAACGGCGCCGAGUCGAGCCCCCUGCUUUUCAUCUACACCUGUCCCGUCACGCCCGGCAACAAGGCCAUCAAGAACCGCAUGCUGUACCCGCUUAUGAAGCGCGCCGUUCUCGAGAUCGCGACCGGCGAGGCGGGCCUGACGCUGGACAAGAAGCUCGAGGUCGAGGAGCCCAGCGAGGUCACCGAGGAGUCCGUCCUUUCGGAGUUGCAUCCGAAGGUGACGGCGAGAGCAGGAUUCAGCAGACCCAAGCGUCCUGGCAGGUAA